AUGAAUGGCGUGGUGAUUGCUCCAGCAGCCGCUGUUAGCACCAAAUCAUCGGACUGCUGGAAGGAACAGCAUUCCUUGCCUCCGGUAGCAUCGAUGGGUUGUAGCGGCAACAACACCGUUGUUAAUAGCAUCCUUUCAUCACCGAAGACUGGGACAUACAGCCUGCGUUACAUACCCUAUGAAAAUCCGCAUAAGCCAUAG